AUGAUAAAUAUUUGGUUAAAAAUAGUAAUUUCAAUAGAAAUAUUGUAUUUAUAUAUUUAUAUUAAAAGUAACAAUAACCUAAAAUUAUCUUCCUUUAUUCAAUUAAACUUGGUAAUAACUGGUGAUUCAUAUAAUAAAAGUAAUAAGAAUUCUAAUGAUAAUAAACAAGAUUGGAAAAGUGAUAUAUUAAAAUUAGAUAAUUCAUCUAUUAUUUUAAAACAAAAAUCUAAAGGUAUAACAGAUAUCUCAAAUAAAAAUUUUACAACUUCAAAUAUGAAUCUGAAUAUAGAUUCAAAAGUCAUAGAUGAAGAUGAGAUAAAUGAAAAUAAUAUAAGUAUGAAUUACAAAAAUAAAGUGAAAGAAUGUUCAUAUUUACAUAUUGAAGAAACUGUAGAUAAAUUAGUUAAGCUUAAAAUAGAAAUAACAGUAACUAAGAUCCAAAUCCAGUUACAUCUUGAUAAAACUAGGUUUUGCCAUGGUAGACAUAAAUUUUUUUCUACAACUAGUAUAAAAUGUAUAGGAUCAACAAGAAAAGCAAAUGAACUAUCUCAAAAAUUAGUGGAUUUUAUCAAAAUAUAUAGAGAAGAAAUGAAAAUUUACUUAGGUUGUAUGGAAUACAAUAGCAGAGAACAAAGUUCGAAAAUAAUAGGAUAUAGAAUUCAUAAUAAUGUAGAAAUAUUAAAAUGUACUACUGACGAAUUAAGCUUGUUAAGAAUUAAGAAAGUACUUGAGAAAAGUAGAUAUUUGAUAUUAAGACAGUCAAUAUUAUCUAUAUCAAGAGAAUUAGAAAGUUGUCAUAGAUGUAGAGAUAAUAGAAAUAAAAAUUUAUGCAAAAAGUGCAUAUUAAUGUCAAAUUGUAAAGAACAUAUUUUAAGUAGAGUAGAACUCCUCAAGGAUAAAGUAAAUGAAGUACGAAAUAAAGAACAUGGCUGCGAAAAUUUUUUAGCAUUAAAACAAUCAACUGAAAGUUUAUAUAAAGAUGAGAAUAUUUUAACUAAAGAAAAAGUAUCUUAUAUACCAAAAGAAAAAAGUGUAAAAUUAAGAGAUUCUGAAGAUAAUAAUACUGGAAAAGUAAAUAAUUAUAAAGAAUUAGAUAUAAAGGAAUCUGUAACUGGAAUAGAAUUGGAUUUACCUGAAGAUAUAUUAUUUCAAAAUGAAGAGCCUGAUGUAUUAAAAGAAGUGAGUAAAUUAUCAAGAAAUAAUAAUUUGAUUGAAUCUAAUAAUAAACAAACAGGUAAAAUGGCACUAUCAGUUCAAACAGAAGUUCAAAGUGAUUUAUCUAAUGAAUCAAAAAUAACUAAUACAAAACUUAGUGAACUAUCAAAAACCUCUAUAGAUGAUAAUGUUGAAGAAGAAAAUAUUAAUAAAUCAUCAAAUAAAUUACAAUCUAUUUCACCUACUUUAGAUCUAAUAUAUAAAGGUAAAGAUGUUGGAUUUGAUGAUAUAAGAAAAAAAUAUAUAGAAACUAAUUUAUAUAAAGUAAAAAAAAAACUUACUCAACCAAAAGAACAAAAAACUAAAAUAAGUUUAAAAAAUUCAUUGGAGGAUAUUGAACCCAGAACUCAGCAAACAAAAAUAAUUGCACGUUCAUUAAGACCUGUUGAAGUCCAAAAUCACCAGACAAAAGUGAUAUUUUCCAAAAAAGGUUUGAGUGUACCCCUGUAUCCUAAACCUAAUUGCACAUUAUCUGAACUUGAAAAAUUGAUAGGGGAAAGAAAUAAAUUAAUAAAAGAAAAGAACAAGUCAUCAGAGAAAGUUCAAAAAGAGUUACUAGAUAUGAAAAUAAAAGAAGUAGAAAAUUGUAUGUUACAAAGAACGAGUAACUAA